AUGGGCGGGGAGAGGACUGAACAUGCAGAGGAUGGUAGGUCUAGGUGUCAACUGCUUCGGGUUCCAGCCUUAGAAGCUCCCGACCAGGUGAAACUAAGAUGGGAAUGAGUGGAAACGUGCGCCCAGGUUUGAGUCCAACUCGGAAAAGGGAAAACCAAGCCAGGCAGCCAAAGGCUCGGAGAGCCCUCAGGGCCAAACGUGUGGCGACCUGCGCCCACCUGCCCUGCAGCCCCAGACUGCCGGCAGCCUUGUCCAUGGAGGGUGAGAGAGGCAUUUGAUCCCCUCCCUGACACUUUCUACCUCAAGUGUUCGCGGCGAGUGGCCAUGAAUAGUACCCGCAUGCCAUCUUGUAACACUAUCUGCCUGUCAGAAGAGCGAAGGCCGGGCAGCUAUAUAAGGCUUGUAACUAGGGGAAGCCCAACAAACAGCUACAAAACACCUCAGCUAUUUGACUCAGCCUCCACCCUUCUGCUCUUGCCCCCUCUCUUCUUCUCCUUCUUCCUCUCCUCCUUUUUCUUCUUCUUCACCUCCUCCUCCUCCUCCUCCUCCCCCCUUUCCUCUCUCCCUCUCUCUUUCUCCUCUCUUUUCUCUCUUUUCAUCUUGGCUUUCUGUUGCAGAAUGCAAAUCUAGCCUGCCGGCGGGUGAAUGGACUGAAUUGUGAUUAAGAAGAAGAAGAGACCCUUUCUUUGUUCUCCCCUCAGGGGAUGUUUACUGGGAGAGACACAGCGGAUCAGAUAUGAAAGGCAUUCAGGUCAGCAUUGAUGUGAGCGAAAGUGAAAUCAUACCUAAGGCAUUCAAAAGACCGCCGUGUCAGGGGUUCAGCUAA